CUCCUGCCUGGAAUCAGCCCAUUUUGGGGGAAUUUAAACGACAGAGAGUGUGCUGCGCCGGCUGUGCGCUCUGCGGUUCUGGUGCGCUGGAUCUUCUUCUUCUUCUCUUUAUCUCUCCACUAAAGGAUGCUCAGUUCUUUCCACAACCAGGAAUAUUACUACUACAACUACCAAUACUCUUACUGCUGCUGUUCACUUCUCUGCCCCAGCCCGAUCGCAGUCUGAAGCACCCCGGUCCCCUGAAGGGAAGAAGAAGCAUGUCAGAGGCGCCCGUGUUGCACAUGGAAAUGAGCCGUCUGCUGCUGGUUCUGCUGGACUCCAGCCUCUAAACCAGACUUGAGAUUAUCCAUAAAUCGCAGAAAGGCUCUGAAGAAAUUGGGGAUCCUAAGAGUUCCUUUCUGGCGAGCCAAAGAUUCUUGUAUCACUGUAUAUCGGGGAGCACCAGCUGCUUAACCAGCUCUAUGGUUUUCUGACUUGUCCAAGACUGCGAUUUUGGCAUCUGACUGAGAGGUGAUUAGAGAAAUCCCUCGGACCCUGUCAGAAACUCCGAAUCAGCACACUCAUACACUGAGAUGACCCAAGAACAGUGCACUCAUAGGAACAAUGUCCAGAGUUCAGAGAAACCACAAGUGUACAAAGUGGGAAUAUACGGCUGGAGGAAACGCUGCCUUUACUUCUUCGUCCUGCUGCUGAUGAUCCUGAUCCUGAUCAACUUGGCGCUAACUAUCUGGAUCCUCAAGGUCAUGAACUUCACCAUAGACGGCAUGGGCAACCUGAGAAUAACAGAGAAGGGCCUGAAACUGGAAGGGGACUCUGAGUUCCUCCAACCCCUCUAUGCCAAAGAAAUCCAAUCCAAACCAGGCCGCCCGCUGUUCCUGCAGUCGUCCAGAAACGUGUCGGUCAAUAUUGUCAACAGCAACAACCAGCUGCUCACACAACUUGUAACAGGAUCCAGUGGAUUUAAAGCACGAGGCAAGAUGUUUGAAGUCAAAUCCACCUCUGGGAAGCUGCUCUUCUCCGCCGACGAGCAGGAGGUGGUGGUGGGCGCCGAGAGGCUCCGAGUGAUGGGGGCCGAAGGGGCCGUGUUCAGCAAAUCAGUGGAGACGCCACACGUCAGAGCCGAGCCAUUCAAAGAGCUGAGGCUGGAGUCUCCCACUCGCUCCCUGCUGAUGGAGGCUCCUAAAGGCAUCCAGAUCCUGGCUGAGGCUGGAGACAUCCAGGCCAUCUGCAGGAACGAGCUGCGACUGGAGUCCAAAGAUGGAGAGAUCUCUCUGGAUGCUCGUAGGAUUCGCCUGAUGCGGCUGCCUGAGGGGAAGGCCUCCACCAGCUCCUCAUCCUCUGGGACCAGGCAGACUGUCUACGAGGUUUGCGUUUGUCCCAACGGGAGGCUUUUCCUGUCCCAGGCCGGCACCGGAUCCACCUGCCAGAUCAGCAACAAUGUCUGCCUCUAGGACUGAUACAUACAAUUAUAAAUAAAUACACAGAUAGCCUGAAAGAAAGACGGGCAAAGACAGACAGAUGUACACAUAUCGCCUGCCUCCUGGACAGCAGACACAGACACUACAUACAAAGACUGCCAGAGCUGAUGGAAAUUUAAACAAUCAUAGAUACUGUAACUAUACAGACACACUGAUGAGUACACUUUACAAUCACAAACACUCAGACUGAUAUUUAGGCUCAACCGAUAUGUUUUAAAGGCCAAUACGGAAAAUUUUGGAUCCUGGCUGCUGACAGCUGAUCUUUUGUGCCAAUAUUUCAAUGCUUAAAGAUAUUUUCUCCCUCAAUUUUAUACGUUUCAGAGUGGAAAAGCCUUUGAGAUCAGCAUCUAGAGCAUCACGGGUUACUAAAACUCUCCAUUGAGUGUCAUACACAUCUCUCAAAACUCUUUAUACAUACCAUACAGCAGGAGUUGUUAGGCUUUUAAACUGAACUACAUGAAUAAAACAAAACAAAAAAAAAAGUCUUUCAUUGCAGGUUUCAGCAUUUUUUUAAUAUAACUAAGGUCAGAGAGGAAUCUCAGUCAUACUGGAAAUAUAGGUUACUGACCACUGAUACACUGGUAUUUAAUGAAAUGACAGUAUUGGUAAUGUAUCGGUCUGACCCUAUUUAUUAAUUGCGUACACACAUACAGAUGCACACACUCGCUUACAGACAUGCAUUCACACAGUAUACAUAUUUUGACAUGGAGUACACUCACACACACACUCACACUCUUUGCUCGUAGGAGCCUCCUGGUAGAAACUGAGAGGGAAAUUCUCCAGAGAUUUACAAGAAGAGACACUUAUCUGUUCCCUUUCUCCCUGAAGAGCAUUUCAGUACCAGAAUCACUAGGGUGAUCACCCAUGGCAACAAACCCCUUCCACUCCCCUUCCCUCUGUUCCCCUUUUCCCUCAUCUUCUCUUCUUCCUCUCCGACGGUUACCACAGCUGAGAUAAUUAAAAGAUUUAUACUUUCCUUUACUGUUGUUCAUAAAGCAUUUUAAAGCCUCAUAGGCACGCUAUAAGCACUUAAUUACGACUACUCCUAAUAUGCAUUGUGUCAGGACUUGGCAUGGAUGUAUUAGAAGAACUGGAUACCCGAAUCUAAAAUGGCACCCAUUCAUUUGAAUGAAAAUUGCUUGGCCACAAGCCAAAAAAGGUUUCUAGCUUAUGUGUCUGCUCAGCCAGUGCACUUUGUAUUGGAUGAAGUCACUCACAGUGAUAGCGCUUUCUAGAAUCUAGGAAAGUUUUACCAUUAUAACACCCUCUCGGAUUGAAAUCGUAAUGCGAGUGGCCUCUGGGACAAAUCAACAAAAAGACUGGCAGGCGGCAACGUAUCCAGCUCUCUCAAUACAUCCACAGGACUCGGAUGGUUCCUAGGGUAGACGUUUUACAAACUGCCCUUUCAGUCAAAACCACUGACUGUUUAUAAUGAUGGACCAAGCACCUCCACCUCCUCCCACUGUACAGAGAUUAAGCCAAAAUAUCCCGGAUGUAGACGCUUCCAUCUUGCGCUGGUGAUGUCAUUCAGAGCCAGAAAAAUGAAUACUUGAACAUAAGAACUGAUAAGAUAAGAACUACCUAAAAUGACAAAACUUUGGUGUAUAUUUUGAUUUGUUUAGUUCAGCCAAUGUCCCAUCAGCUAACAUGGAGGGGGCGGGCUUUAUGACCUGUACUGCAGCCAGCCACCAGGUGCCAAUGGAGAUGUUUUGGCUUCACUUUUGGGGAGCCGUCAUGUUGUCCAUCUUUAUUGAAAAAAUGAUGGUCAAAACUCAUACCACAUCCAGAAAUGUCCAUUGAUAUGUGUGUAAAAAUGCAUUAAGUGCUGUUAGUUUGCCUAUGUGACAAUGCAUAAACAUCAUUAGGGUUUUGUGGGAAAGUGGAAAAGUUGAUGCUUUUGAACAACCAAACUUUUAAAUUAUUGGACCAAAGUUGAUUUCAGUUCAAAAGGCAGAAUUGACAUUGCAAUGAGGUUGACACAAGUAAAUUAAGUCACAAAAUAUUCAGCCCAUUUGGCCUUUGGUAGAAUCUGUCCAAAGUGUAUCAUGACAAACUAUGACUCAUGCCAUGUUCACGUCCUAUCAUGUGCACCCAACUGGGAAUAAUUAUGCAAAUCAGCUUCAAAGUGCUGAAACAAUUUAUUCAUUGGACUUAUUUAUUUCGAGUGUGUUAACAACAACUAUCUUGCGAACUCAGAUUUUGACAUUUGAACAUGGUAAUCAUGUGGUGGCAGAGAGACAUUGCCCAGUUGUAACCGUUCAUGUGAUAUGAUGUGAACAUGGCACAAGUGCUGCCACACAAACCUCAACUACUAAACCACUGAUCUGUUGGGUUUUUUAAUUUGAUGUAAUCUUUUGACUUUGAAGUGAAUAGAAAGUUGUUUUAAUUAAAUAAUUGUCAGUGUUCUGUUUUGCCUACAUAAACUCUGUCCACGUCUCUUCCUGUCUCUCUAAAAACAGCUCAACAUCCUGUUGUAACUCUUAACUUUUUAAUCACACAAAACAGAACCCAUGUCAUAAAUGUCUGAUGUAAGCUGCCCCAACCUC